AUGCUGUGUAUAAUCUGCUCGGAUCAAGACAGUAAUUGCAUUCUUCGGCGGCUCCCCAGAUACGACAUCUUCGGGGAUCGCUCAAACCUUUCAGCCCAAACUGCUGUGACCGAGUUCAUCUGUGUGAACGGCACUCAGAUUGCCUACCGCAAGAUUGGCAAACCAUCGGAGACUCCCCUUGUCUACAUAACCCACUUCCGCGGGAGCAUGGAUACUACUGAUCCUCUGCUUAUCAAUACUAUUGCGCAAAAUCGCCAGGUCAUCAUCUACGAUAACGUUGGGAUUGGUCACAGCGACGGCACUGUUCCCGACUCUAUUGAGGCUAUGACAGACACGACUGUGGACUUCCUUUCUGCUAUCAACGUAACGAAAGCUGAUAUCCUUGGGUUUUCCAUGGGCGGCUACAUAGCUCAAGCCAUCGGUAUGGACUAUCCUCAGCUAGUGAACAAGCUGGUAUUAGCCGGAGUGGGACCUGGUGCUGGACCGGACGUGUUUGAGACGGAUCGAAACGCUGCUCAGGGUCCCGGUGGGGAACCAGACCGAGCUCCAACUGAAGACUACAUGCUUGGAGUUUUCUUCUAUCCUUCAAACACUAGUCUCGCUAAGGGCAGAGGAUGGUGGCAGCGGGCCUUCGAACGCAAUGUGGAAGGUGAAGAGAGGAAGGAUUUCUUGGUUGGAGUGGGGGUGGGAGCACAAGGAGUCGCUAUCGGCAAGUUUUCGGCUGAUUCCAAGCGUUAUGAGGGACUCAACAGGAUUGACGCGCCAGUACUGGUAACUAAUGGCCAUACAGACAGAUUGAUGGGGACUGGUAAUAGCUUUGUCCUUUCGCAGCAGCUGCCUUCCGCCAAGUUGAUUGUAUUCCCUGAUUCAGCCCAUGGUCAACUCUUCGAAGACCCCAUCGAAUACGGCUCGUUGCUCGAUAUUUUCUUGGGUAACUGA